AUGGCCAUCAUCCCCGAGCAGUGCGAGCUGGACGUGGUGGAGGCGCUGAUGGCCGCCGGGCUGGACCCGCUGAGUCUGGUCGACAUCAAGCACGAGCCGAUGGACGAAGAGGAGCCCCUGCCGGAAGACCCGUACACACUUAUUCCGGAAUGUGACCCGAGUCUCGACCCGAGGCUCAACCACCAUCUUCACGACGACGGCGAGCAGUACGCGUUUGAGAUGAGCCAGAUGCCGCGGCUCGAGCCGCAGUUCAGUUACGAGCCGGUCGACGAGGUCGAGGAGCAGCAGCAGCAGCAGCAGCUGUACGACGACUACCACAAUCAGGAGCAUGAGAUGCCGAUGAACAUCGACGAGGAGCCGCAACAACCCGACAGCUUCAAACCGGCCGGCAGCAACUCGUGGAACGCCGCCAGGGUCAAGGACGAACCGAUCGACGAGUGCGAGCAGUACAACAACACCUACAGCAGCCCUGGAUACCAGGUUCCGAUGAGCGCCGAGGAGCUACAGCGGCAGAUCGAGAGCUUCGAGCCGGUCGGGAUGGUGUCGCAGAACCUCGCCAGGGUCAGGGACGAGCAACAGCCCCAAGAGCACAACACUACCUACCGUAGCCCUGAAUUCGAGAGGUCGAGGGGCGCCGGCGUCCAGGGCAAGGUCAACCUCAACCUGGCCGUCAAGAUCAAGGAGGAGCAGCAAGAGCAACAGCAGCAGUACAAUACCAUCCACGAUGACCAUAUGCCGGUCGACGACGCCGGAGAGCACGAGCCGCACCUUGAUCAGUACCAUCCCUACUCGAGCCCCCAGUACAUGGACAUGUCCAUCGAGUCGGAGCAGGAAGAGGAGGGACAGUGCCAGGGCAGCAGCUCGUCCUCCUCGAACCCAGGCGGCGAGCCUGACCUGAACACUGCGACUAUGAAAGGCGUCAACCCGAACCACCUGUCCUCCCAUACGCCCAUCGAACUCGAAAACCGCCGGCUGGAGUUGGAGCUCAAGAUCAAGAAACUUGGUGGCCACAUCGACAGACACAAGGAGGGUAAGCUGCUCGCCCCGAAGCUGAGCUACCACCGCAGCAAGAUUGCAAUCCUCAAAAAUCUCCAACCCGACCCACACCGUGUCGUCACGCGCUCCAAGGCCGUCAUUGCUGAGCAACAGAGUUUGUUCAUCUACUGGAACAUCAGUUUUUCGCUAGAGUCGGCCCCCGCCGUUGAGACGCAACCCGUCGACCCGUUGCCGUACUUCAAGCCGCGACGCCCCUAUGAGCCGCCUGCCCGAGUCCAGUACGUCAACGUCGACUACGCCGACUACGCCCUGCCC